AAAGAGUGCAGCGCUGUAGAUGGCGGAAGUUUCAAAAUUCGCAUCUAAUAAGGCCUAAAUACAUGGCUUGGGAGUUGAAGGAUGAAGAUUCUAGUUGGGAGCCUCUAACAUUAAGUCAAAGUUUCUGCUAACAUAUAUAGGAAGAAGCACUGUUUCAACAUGGGUCAAAGAUUCCGCUGCAAAUACUGUGACUUUGAAUGCCAGGGCAAGUUUGCACUGGAUACAAUGAAAAUUCACAUUCCUAUGAUACAUAAGGAACAGCCUCUUGUGUACCAUGUCCAGGACCAAAGUGAAUGGACAGAUACCUGGACUGAGGUUAACUGUGAAGACGAUGGUAAUAGUGUUAAAGACAACCUAAGUGCCGAAUCUGACAAUAAUUCCGUGGCUGAUAGCACUGACCUGUCCAAUGUCAAUGUACAUGGUGUUGAAAUUAAACGUGAACCACCAAGUGAGGAUUCUAAUGAACCACCCCCUAAGAAAUCAAAAAGUGAAGGGUUUGGAUUGAGUUUACCUGUCCAGAUUAAAUCUGAGCCUCGAGAUGUAAUUGAGAAUGAGGAAUCGGAGUUUGCCACUUAUGCUGCUGAGCAAUCAAAGGGAAAUGAGGAUAAUAAAGAUAUUGAUUUAAAUGGAGCUUCUGAAAUGUACCCCAUGUUACAAACAAUUCUUGCUUUACAAGCUAAAACUAUCCAAGAGAGCUCUCCUUCCCCUAAAUCGAAUUUGAAUUCAAACCUACCCUCUACCCCUCUCAAAGCUUCUAAAGUGGAUACCCCUAGUGCUGCUAGCUCAAGUAAAGCACAACACCCAGAGCUGUUGACAAUGUUGGCAAAACCGAUUGAACCACAAUCUAAUAAAAUUGUAAAACAAUCACCAAGCCUGGUUCAGAUACUCAGUAAACCUGCAUCCUCAGCUAUUGACUCAAAGGGAUCUGGAAAAAUUGUAGAAAAUAUGCUUCAGAGUACUAUUAAGAG